UGUCAUCGUAUGAUAUAAGGACAUUUCUAACCAAUGUUGUUUUGUAACGUUUCCUUUGGGUUAUUUUGAUAUCCGACGUAAAUUUCGGUCUUGUCAUUUAUCCUUUCGAUAACAAGUGAACUCAGGCUCGAAACGAAGUAAACAGGUGUUUUAGUGAAAACCGAUUUGGAAGCAUCUGUGAUUUUACAUUGUAUUUCUGUAAGAGGGAUGGAAGCUAUUUUUAUUAGAGUAUCGUGGACAUUUAUUGGACUGUUUGGAAGUGUUUUAAUUACUGGAGCCAUAGGUUGGGGUGGAAAUGACAAGAUAAGAUUAACAGAUGUCAAUGUCAUUACAUUACACCAGGGAAAAAUGACAAAUUCCCGUCGUAGCCACCCUGUUCCUCAGUUAAAGUGUGUUGGCGGUUCAGCAGGUUGUUCAGCUUUUACUCCAAGUGUUGUUCAGUGUUACAAUCGUGGGUCAGAUGGUUAUGAUGUUCAGUGGGAAUGCAAGACAGACAUGGACAGUCAGUAUAAGUUUGGUGAAGUUGCAGUUAGCUGUGAAGGUUAUGACUAUCGUGAUGACCCAUACAUUCUAAAAGGUUCCUGUGGGUUGGAAUACACAAUUGAUGUGGUUAGUAGUGGAGGUUAUUAUGAUCACAAUAAUUAUCAUUCUGGGCACAGGGACAACAGCUACCCCAACUACUACAGACAUAAUUACCACUCCAGACAUUCUGGUGGCUGGCUUAGUACCAUUAUCACCUGGGGAGUCAUUGCCUGGAUUGUAUAUUACAUCUACCAGCGUCUGACACAGAGCCAAGCACAGCCGUAUCCUAUAGUUUCUACUUGUAAUAUAUGGAUAUUCUAUAUACAAGGGGGGGGGGGGUCACAAAUUCCCCCCUCACUUCAGCUGUGCCCUGAAAGCCUGUCUGUUUUUUCAUUGCUGUUAGGUGGCCACAAUACACAUUACAGCAGUGGGGCAGGAGAUGCAGCAGGGACUGCUGGUGGGCAAGGAUUUUGGUCAGGAGCUGCUACUGGGGGACUGUUGGGAUAUCUGUUUGGAAGCUCAGGCAGUCGCAGUACUUACUAUGAUCACCAUGGUUAUCAUGGUCCGAGGUACAAUCGGCGAUGGCCUGGAUACGGUUUUGGUGGGGGAUCUGGCUGGUUUGGGUCUAACAACAGUUGGUCCUCAGGAUCCUCCUCAGGUUGGACCUCAGGCAGCAACUACAGAGGAAGCUCCACCUCUCCAAGCUCUCGGACCACUUCAGGUUUCGGUGGAACCAGGCGUCGCUGAGAUCUGAUUGGUUGAAUGAUAUUUCCAAGGAACGAACGCAGAGCAACUGUAGAUUGAUUCAUAGAUUCAACCUUUGACAUAAGUAAUAAGUGUUUAGCGAUAAACGACAUGAAUUUACUUUAAUUAUAAGUGAGGUAAGUGUCGUUACGACGGUAGGACACUGUUAUAACAAGGAAACUUUUGAUAUCUCAUGCACAUUUAGAUGAAAGACUAUUCGCUUCCUCACAGUAAAAAGAACCUUUGGGGAAGGGGAAGGGAGAUGUUGGUCAGCGCUGCACAUUAGAGCCCAGCUUUCUGUCUCCAAAGGCCUUGUUACUUGAUUUACUCGUUACAAAUAAUUUCUAUGGUCUGAUAUUAAGAAUCGGAUAUUAUAGCUAGUGAUUUAAGGUUAUUUCCACAGCCUUGUGUAACAGUCGUCUCCUUCGAAAACAAAAUGCCUCCUUGUUCUAGUUGUGGAUACAAUAUCAGGAUAUAAUGAGCAGAGUUAAAAUUUUCCGCCAUAUUUUGUUUACAUUUGCACUAAGAGUGAUUCACUGUAAAUUCGACACAAAUGUCACUUUCAUAAGCAGCGUAAAUAGGCUUCCCUUAAUAAGCCUAAUCCGCUUUUUCUGGUAAAUAAAAGGUUUUGCUUAAGUUAAAUGAA